AUGGCUUGGACGAUGCAGUCCCAAAUCCAAAAGGAGCUCCAGCAUGGAUUCCAUCCUCAGCCGGCCCGUGGCAGCGCGCCCGCCUCGCCCCCGCCUGCGGACGCCGCGUCCCUCCGACUUGGCUGCGCGGAGCCCCGGCCGGAUGCUGCAGCUGCUGCGGGGACCAGCCGGACUUUGGCUCGAGCCUCGUCCCCCUGCCCCUUGCGCCAGGACCGGGCGCGCCGGCGGCCGCUUGCCCCGAGCUGCCCGGCACAGAGGAUGGCACAAGCGGACGGGAGCGGCGCCCGGCUCGGCCGGAGCUGGCCGGCGGCGGCUCUGCUGGGUUUCCAUCUCUUCGCCACGACCGUCACCUUGGAGGUCUCAGUGGGGAAAAACAACCUUGUGAUGGCUCUGAACGGCUCAGAAGUGCAGCUGCCCUGCAUCUUCACCACCUGCAUAGGCUUCAAGGACCUUGACUUCACUUGGUAUUACAACAGCACUGAAGUGAUAUAUCGUGGGCAUAUAAAGAACAAAGUGUCCGAGCCGACGAUGCUGUAUGCAAACCCUCGGGUUCGGUUAACUGGCACAACCACUGGGAGGGAAAACAACAUCUCCAUCUCCAUGUUUGUGGACUUUGAUGACGCUGGGAAGUACACCUGCCAUGUGAAGAACCCAAAGGAAAUGAAUGCUGAACACAAUGCCACCAUCAUCCUCAAAGUGGUCCAGGAGAUGGUACCAGUGGACAACACGCUGACGCACAUCAUUGUGGGAACCGUGGGCGGGCUUGUCGGCCUCCUCAUCCUCAUCCUUGUCAUCAAGAAAAUCGUCCUGCUCAUCCUCAAAAAGUCUCAGGAGAAGAAGAAGGAGUGUCUCGUGAGCUCCUCAGGGAUCGACAACACUGAGAAUGGUCUGGCAGGCUCCAAGGCGGAACAGAAAGCUCCACCAAAGGCAUGAAGCAAACUCAGUCUGACCCAUGAGGCAGCAAAACUCUAAUGGCGGAGGGAGGGGAAAUCUAUUGUAUUUUGAAACUAACCAUGCUUGAGCCAUCUCAGUAUUACACGCAGGCCUACAAUUUGCGCCACUUCUCAGCCCAGACUUGGAAUGCUGUGUGGCUUGG